AUGUCCGCAACCGUUGGCCAAACGACGGACAUGGAUGUGGAUAUUGAAAUUGAUAUACAGCUCUUAACGACAGGCUACGAGGAGAGCACGGAUUUAGCGGUAAAAAAAUGCAAAUCUUGUGUUGAAUUCUUAGGAUUUGAAUAUGCUACAGACUUUCAAUUUGCUUUGGAAUUGUGUGAAGACGAAGACAGCUUAGAUUCAGAUUCAAAUUCCGAUUAUGAUUUAAAUAGAAGUAAAUUUGUUUUGAACUUGGAUGAAGUUGUGAAAGAUACUCCCUUCAAUCCAAAAGUUGAAUUGGAAAUAGAGAGCUAUUUAGAAAAACAAUUAAAAAUGGCAGCAUUUGAUUUGAAAUUAGCUAACUCAUUAAUACCAGACUUUGAUGGAAAUCCCAAAAACGUUACUGAUUUCCUAGACAAAUGUGAAUUUUACAAUGAUACACUUAAUAAUACUUCGAAAGAAACUUUGUUGCAAUUCCUUUUGAAGGUUAAGUUGUUGCAAAAUGUAAAAUGUAAAUUUAAAACGGAAGUUGUACCAACGAAUUUUGAGUCUUUUAAAAAAUCUAUAAAAGAUAGGUUCAGUGACAAAACAACUAAAGAAGAGAAAAUAAAUCAAAUGGAAAAAUUAAAACAAGAAAAUUCGGUAGCAAGUUUUGCAACUGAAAUUGAAAACUUAAGUGCCGAGUUGAUUGAACUUAAAAUGCAAAGUAAGGACGAAAUUGCUCGUCCUAUAAUAAGAUCCGAAGUAGACGAAAUGUCUAUACGAAUUUUUUCAAGGGGUUUAGAAAGAGUUGAAAUUAGACAGGCGUUAAUUUAUAAAGAACCUAAAAGUUUAAGCGAAGCCAUCAAAUUUGCGCUCGAAGCAGAAUCAAAAUUUUGUCGUAUUCAGGAAACUAAUAUUAACACAUUACGAUCACAAAAUUCAGAAAACGGUAGUGAAGAUAAUCAAAAUUGUUAUUACAUUAGAAAUUCAAGGAAUCCCAGAAAUAACUCAUUUACCCAAUUUAGAAAUAAUAACAUGCAAAACAGAAAUCAAAAUUCAAAUAAUAGGUAUUUCGACAAUAAUCAGAAUAACUCGUAUUAUAAUACAAAUAUAUCACCCAUGAAUAGAAAUUUUAACAGAAAUUAUAACAAUAACAGAAAUUAUGACAAUAGAAACCAAGGAAAUUAUAGACAAAAUCAAAACCAACAAAACAGUAGAACGUUUUUUAACCAAAGCAGGAAUAAUAACGUCAAUAGCCAAAAUCGUUACAAUAACCAAAGUAAUAACCGGAAUAAUAGCGAAACCCAAAAUCAGGGAAACUUCAACCGCCCUCAACAGGGUCGCCAGGUCGUGGCUCAGUUGAGGGAUUGUCAAAACUAA